AGCAUGGGAAAACUGCAAAAUUAUCCUGCAACACAAUAUGCUUUUCCAUUACUGUAGUAGACUUUUGAACAUUGACUUUUAAGCAUUGACAGGAAACUGUGUAGCAAGAAAAGGAAGCGUUUUUGUGUCUGAUAUCAAUCAUGUUGCUUCAACUCUUUCUAACGGUAUAGGAUUUGAAUGUCUUUUCACGUCGUGAAACAUCUUUGUAAGUUUUUUUCAAUAGACUAUUUAAUGUAUUCACACGUGACACGGAACACGACUUGAAACAUUGCAUUUACCGAUACUGUAAAGCGAUGUUCAGUCAAACAGACAGAGCUUAAGGGUUAAGUUUAUUUUCUGCUUUCUCUGUACGCGUGCCAGGAUUACUAUAUUGGGACAUUUGACAGUGCAAAACAGAAAGCGACGCUAUAGUUCGAACUACUACUGCUAUUAGGAAACUUGCACCACAAGUAUUUUGAAGUUUGUGAAACUGAAGUCACAUGAAACUUCUUCUAAAUCGACAAGUGGCUGUCUAAGGUAAAAGGCAAUUGUAGAAAAAGGUUCUGACUCAAACUAAGCCGGCCGUGGGGAAUGAGGAAAAGCAGGAGCUCCCUGUGCUUUCUGCCAUCGGAGCACUCCCGUGACUCAGCUGAGCUCCAUGCUGCUAACCUGGAUCCUGGGCUGGGGGCAGUCAGGCGCAGGUGCUCAGGGACCCCUCAGCUCCCCCCCUUAUCACAGCGCCGCUCAAGUCAAGAUUGCAGUAAAGUUCUGGAUCCGGAGUGCUCCAGACCAGCCUUCUUCAUGCUUGGAGACAGAAGCCUGACAACCAUCAAAAGCUCACUAUUAGAAGCAAGCUUUGAUGUUGAGAAUGGCCUGUCGGUGGGACGGAGCCCCCUGGACCCCCAGGCUAGUCCAGGGUCCGGCCUCAUCCUGCAAGCCAACUUCCCCCACAGCCAGCGGCGGGAGUCCUUCCUGUACCGGUCAGACAGCGACUUUGACCUGUCCCCCAAAGCCAUGUCCAGGAACUCGUCCACCACCAGUGAGCUACACGGAGAAGACAUGAUUGUAACCCCAUUUGCACAAGUGCUGGCCAGCUUGCGAACAGUUCGGAGUAACUUUGCAGUCCUGACUCACCUACAGGAGCGAGUGACCAACAAGAGAUCAUCGGGCAGCAAUCCCCCAUCCAUGUGUAAAGCAAAUCUCCCAGAGGAGACCUAUCAGAAACUGGCGAUUGAGACGCUGGAAGAGCUGGACUGGUGUCUGGACCAGCUCGAGACUCUGCAGACCCGCCACUCUGUCAGUGAGAUGGCCUCCAACAAGUUUAAAAGGAUGCUGAAUCGAGAGCUGACACACCUAUCAGAAACCAGCCGGUCUGGGAACCAGGUCUCCGAGUUCAUAUCAAACACAUUUUUAGAUAAACAGCAUGAAGUGGAAAUCAUGUCUCCGAUACAAAAAGACAAGGACAAGACAAAGCAGCCGAUGUGCCAGAUUAGUGGGGUUAAGAAGUUAACACACAGUACCAUCCUGAACACCUGCAGUAUCCCUCGCUUCGGAGUCAAGACCGAUAAGGAAGGACCUUUGACAAAGGAACUAGAAGAAAUCAACAGAUGGGGCCUUGAUGUUUUUAAGAUAGCAGAGUAUUCUGGAAAUCGGCCAUUAACAGUUGUAAUGUACACCAUCUUCCAGGAGAGAGACCUGUUGAAGUCCUUUAAGAUCCCUGUCGACACGUUUAUCACCUUCAUGAUGACCCUGGAAGAUCACUACCACUCGGACGUGGCGUAUCACAACAACAUCCACGCAGCUGACGUGGUCCAGUCUACCCACGUGCUCCUCUCCACACCAGCACUGGAGGCUGUGUUUACAGACCUAGAGAUCCUGGCUGCUAUCUUUGCCAGUGCGAUCCAUGACGUUGAUCACCCGGGGGUAUCGAACCAGUUUCUAAUCAACACAAACUCGGAGCUGGCCCUGAUGUACAACGACUCCUCAGUGCUGGAGAAUCAUCACCUGGCCGUGGGCUUCAAGCUGCUGCAUGAGGAGAACUGUGACGUCUUCCAGAACCUGAGCAAGAAGCAGAGGCAGUCGCUCCGGAAGAUGGUCAUCGACAUGGUACUGGCGACAGACAUGUCAAAGCACAUGAACCUGCUGGCUGAUUUGAAAACUAUGGUGGAGACCAAGAAAGUGACGAGUUUAGGGGUCCUGCUGCUGGAUAACUACUCCGACCGAAUACAGGUUCUUCAGAACAUAGUGCACUGCGCUGACCUCAGCAACCCCACCAAGCCUCUGCAGCUGUACCGGCAGUGGACAGACCGUAUCAUGGUGGAGUUCUUCACACAGGGGGACCGCGAGCGCGACAAGGACAUGGAGAUCAGCCCCAUGUGUGACAAGCACAAUGCCUCCAUCGAGAAGUCGCAGGUGGGCUUCAUCGAUUACAUCGUGCACCCGCUGUGGGAGACCUGGGCUGACCUGGUGCACCCCGACGCCCAGGAUAUUCUGGACGCGCUAGAGGACAACCGGGAGUGGUACCAGAGCAUGAUCACGCACAGCCCCUCACCUCCUCCCCAGGAGAGGGAGAAGGAGGGGGGAGCGGCCGGGGAGAAGUUCCAGUUUGAGCUGACGCUGGAGGAGGAGGAGGAGUCCGACACAGAGCAGGAUGACAUGGAGAGUCCCGUGGACGAGGAGACCAGCGACUCCAGGACGCCCGUCACAGACAACUCGGAGAGUGGAGAAGGAAUCCCGGGGGCUGCCACAGCUCAGGACAGCAUCACGGCCUGUGCAAAAGCCACGAUGAACGUCGAUAACCACAACCCGGCACGCAGAACGUUAGCCAGAUGUGGCAGUAUGAAUGUGCCAGAGGCAGAGACUCGAGCAAUGAGCGUGGAGGAAAAGGACUAUUUAGUAGACAAAGAAGGAAAUGUUAUGUAUCUUCCGCUGGGAACAUAACACAUGCGCGUUUUCAUUUACAGCUUUGCAAAAAGAAAAAGGAUCCCGUCUGUAACAGUAGCCUUGCACUGGAAUUGUUCACUUGGAACUCCUUAAAUGUAGGAUUUAUUUUUCUUCCUAAUGACCAACAAAUACAAGCUACUUGUUCUUGUUAAUCCUUGAAGAAGAUGACACCAGCGUGCUUGAUGUCUCGUGAUGGUGUCACGACAGGCACAGCGAUGGUUUUGGUCAAUGAUGGCACAUCAGGCUGUGAACAGUGGAAGAGAAAAAGGAAUUCUAUUGAAAUUGUCUUCCUUCAAUUGGUGUACAGACACGUUUGUAAACUUGGUCUAGGAGCUUUUGUAGCAGGUAACCCCUGAAAUUCCGCAAAGACUAUUUGAUAAUUUUAACAGAUAUUUUCACAAGCGUUUAAUUUCAGUUGUUUUAUUUAGUUAUUUUUUUAACCUCACUUUCCGCAAGUUUUUUGAAAACGCAUUAUAACGCUCACUACACUUAACCUGCAAUUUUACCAAAAAUACUGAUCUGAAUUGAAAAACAAAAAAAAUACAUCACACAACAGAAACCUCAGGUUAUGAAGGAGAACCACAAACACAGAAUAUAGUCUUUUAAUGUAGCAAGUCGUUCUUGGGUAUCCCUAGUUAUAGAACUGCACUGUAUAAUGGGGUAUUAAAAGGGAUUCACCCUCAGAUUCAAGUCACUCUGUGAAGAUUUACUGGGGGAAACCAAUUCUAAACAUCUAAAUCAGAAUGUAUUAGUCUUUAUAAAAUUAGGGAUACCCAGUUGAUUUUAUAAAGAGCCUCCACUUUCAUUUUUCUAUGUAAAGCUAGGUUUCGUUACACUGUUUUUUUUACACUGGUUUUGUCACUUGCUGUUAUGCUGUUUUAGCUACAAUAACCAAUAAUUGCCUCAUUAGCCAAUUGUUCUCGCAUGUUGUAUGUCGCAUGCAACUGUUUACCUUCUACCACACUAUAAAUUCACUUCCUGUGUUACACUGGAAGUGAAUGGGGGAACUUCUACGGCUAGAUUCACAGCCCCCAAUUCGCACUACUCUUGGACUUGUGUUACCCAAGGCAGACCAAGAGGGUGUGGGAAACCAAAAGAUGAGCCACAAGACAAGAAGGGGCUUGUGAAAGUUCUGGACACGCCUUUGUUCUGAGAUACCUUUGAUGUUCUGUAUUGCCAGUGUCCCUGACAGAGUGCACUUCAAUGCUGCCUUUACACUACCACUUUACCCCUAGCCAGUGUAGCUCUACAAUUACCUGGGCUCAGCCAUGCCACCUACAGUACACAACUCGUAAUAGUAAUGAAUGAUACACCCUAAAAACUGCCCAACACAGGGCUUAAGAGCAACCGCACCCUCUUUCUUGUGCUGAAGAUCGUGGCUCGUUUGCCUGUCAUUAAUAAAAAUUACUUCAGAACCAUAAAAAUGGCAAUGUAAUUUAAAAUCCCUGGUCAUCUCUCCUUUGAAGAUGAUAUAUACUAUAGCUUUGUUUGACCUUUUAUCUUACCUGUUUCACAUUGUUUGCAAUAGUUCCAAGCAUUUCUGAUGUAUGUUGCUCCAAUAAGGAGUUGUAUUCAAUCGUUCACUAUUUAGUUUUCAGCGAAGUAAUUUAUUCCAUUUAUUGAAUGCUAAGGGCUCACGCGCUAUUUCCUUAAUACUGAAACACCUGUGUAUGGGAAAUGCUUUUUGUUUCAGUUACAAUUGAAUUUCAUGUGGAGUUUGUGUUUAGUUUUUUUUAAUUAUAUUUUUUAAGUUGAAACACUCUCCUACCAAAAUCUUAUUCUGAAUGAAUCUGAUGUGUCAUCGCCCUCCCCUGCUCCGUGCCACAGCGCUGUGUCAUUGCAGCCAUGUAUUAUCAAGUUUAUUACCCCCCACACACACACAUGCGGUUAAGUUAGAAAUUACAUUUUUUUUUUUUUUAAGAAAUAAAUACUUUUAUAAAGCAGUUUUGAACUUCUGGAAGGAUUUUAAAUUAACAGUGUGUUAAUAAACCACGUCUGUUCUGCACAUUGUGCAGUAAAUGCCACUAUACUAAAAACUACAAAGAUACAUAUUGUUAUUGCACAUGGUACCUUAGCAAACAAACAAAUAUAAAUAAUGAAACAAAGAACAAAGAAGUGUCAGUAAUGAGUGUGAAGGUGCAUUACUGAGCCCUGGCAUUGAUUUGCCAGGGCUCAGUAAAAUACUGUCUUUUCAAUAAGAAACAGUUUGCAGCCGACAAAAAACAACAACAUGUCUGAAAACAGCAUGUCUAAAAACAACAUGUCUGUGUGCAGCCCCUCCCUCUUACCUGGACCCCAGCAGACUAACAGGACUCACUCAUCCCCCUAUCUUCCUUUUGAAAUAGAAAAAACAUCAAUUCGUCACGAUCCCCCUGCUCUGUACAUGCAAAAAAACAAAAAAAAACUAAAAUAGUCUCGGUCUCUGUGCUUGAAACUGUAUAUACAAACGCAGGCACACAGUGAUGUAUGUAUAUAUCUGAAAUUACAAAGCAAUUUGAAAAAUGUAUAAAAUGAAUUUCUAAAAUCUACACAUUUUUCCCUAUUCUUACGUCUCCUCGUCCCCUCUGCUUCUCAGGAUUAUUGGUUUUGUAUUUUAAAGUUAAACGAUUCAAGUUUAAUCACAUGUAAGGAUACCCUGUGAUCUUCAAAGAGACAUGAGAUUUAAACUGUCUGGGGUGCAUGUGUAACCCAACCCAAUGUAGCCAGACUGCUAAAACAAGUCAAUUCAUACAUACAGCCCCAGGAUAGUCAAUCAAUUGCAUUAUUUAAAACUAAAACAAACUGAGCAAUAUUAAUUCUGUAUUGAUAAACACAUUGUGAUGCCUAAGUCCAAUCAAAAUGAAUUUACUCAUUUGAUAAAUGGUGUAUGGCAUUCAUUUUUAUUUCCACCCCAAAAUGUUUUUUUCAAGUAAAUUUGGGAAUUCGUACUCCAAAAACUAGCAGUAAAUGUAUUCCCCACUCCAUGCAUAAAUACAUAUUUAAAUGUUCUCAUUUAUGUCAGGCUUUUAAGUGUAUGCCAAUUGUACAUAGCUAUAUAUAUAUAUAUAUAAUCUGUGCACAAUGUGUAAUAACCAAGACUUAAACAACACUCUUACUUCUUAUUCUCACAAGACCCUUACUGUGUUGAUGUUUGUUUUACUUUCACUCAAGUGAAAUCUCUUUCUUUCAACACUUCGAUCUUCGGUGUUGAGAUCAAAUAAAUGAUUCAACAAAUCCUACUUUCUGUUAUUAAAAUAAGUGUCAUUUUAAUGCCAUGAAACAGUGCCCUUGCAUUGACAGUAUAGCAUUUCGAAUGUAAGCAUUAUAUUCUUAUUAUUUAGAUGAUGAAGGCAAUGGUAGCAGCAGGUCCAGUACCACAUGGGAAAGCCUUCUAUGAGAGGGCACUGUUCUAUUAAAAAAGGGAAAAAACUGCGGCUAGCAGCUUGUAUACCAAGCACUCAAAUUGCAGAGCAUAUUACAAGCCUAUAGUAGCACAGGCUUUAGACGACUGCAACAAAUCAGGUACACUGAGAGGCUUACAAAGAUGGAAAGUGAAAAUUAAAGAAAAAAAACCUUCCAGAUUGAUUUGAAUCCGCGCUGAUGACAGGAUAACCCCGGAAGGAAGUGAAUUUAUAGCGUGGUGGUAGGAAAACUUAGCAUCAGUAAAAAUGGUUAACAGCAAUAAGGGAUCUGUAAGAAUGCUAGUGAGAGACGAGAACAAUGUUACACCGUUACAACCCCAAUUCACUGAAGUGCGCUUUGCAAUAUUUCUCACUCAUUUAACAGGUGCCAUUGAAAUGUUAUGAACCAGCGAACUCUGUAUGACACCUUGUAUUAUUAUUAUUAUCAUUAUUAUUAUUGUCCUGUACAUUAUGUAAAGUUUGCUAUUUAUUCUUUGUAUGUGUCGCUCUGAAACAAGUGCUGUAAAGAGCCCUAUAUUCUCAGUACCAGAACCUGAACUUUCAUGUGUACAUUUCAAAAGGUGGACGCCAUGGUUUUCUGCAGAUGUCUUCAACCCGUCUGAAUGUUUGUUAGUUUGUAAACCAUGCUCCAAUGCCUGUAAAGCCUCCGGAAUUCACUUUGUCUUGAAGGAGUAGAAAUGUUUUUACCAUAUUUGCUCAAAAUAGAGCCCAGGUGUUUAUUUGCUCGAUUUUCUCUUUACCUUAUUUGGAUAAGGGCAUCAAUUAGAGAGUAGGUGCUAAUUGGCUCCUGUGAAAUCAUCGAUGCA